GCACGAGUGAAAAAUUAGUUUUUUUGCAACAAAUAAAAAAUUAUUUUAUCAAGCUUAUGAAAAAUGUAAAAAGAAUCACAUUCAAACUUGAGAGGUAGAAAACUUUUUUGAAAACUUUUGCAUCAUUUAUUGAAAACUUUGGGUUUGGUUAUGCGUAUCCAUAUUUAUUGAAAACUUUUGCAUCAUUUUAUUUUAUAGCCAAGUAAAUGCUACAAAGAUGAAAAUGGCGGGAACUGCAUCAAGCUCUGAGACGAUUCAGACCAAAAUGGAGGAGGAGAAGUCGGAGUUGUGCUGGAGAAAGGAAGUAGAUAUCAACCUGAAGAGGCUCCAAUCUCUCGUCUUCGGAGCCGAAAAAGCUCUCGAGAGGCAGGAUUUCAGCUCCGCACAAGUACUGACAUUGGGACUCAUCGGCUUCCUUGAUUCCCGCUCCAAUUCCGACAUCGACGAGGCCUUCAUUCGCCCCAUUCGAUCCGAAGCCUUAUCGAACCUGGACGCCGCUCGCCGCAACUUGAUUCAGGAAUCCGAUCGGCGAGCUUUUGAACAAGCAGGCAAAGAUCCGGGCCGCAUAUUUACCAAGAAGGGAGAGAUUGACAUUGAUAAGAUUAAACGGUCAAAGUACUUUCAAGCUCUUUUACAAAACUCUGAGGGAAUAGCUCCUUCUAAAACGACUGAUAGACAUACUAGGCAGGAAAAUCUCGCUAGCAAGAUCUCUAAGUCGCCAGUUCCGGCAAGUUAUGGAGAUGUCUCCCAGUUUAUCCAUAAGGCAUCCAAUAAAGACAAUUGCCCGGAUAUCCUCUUCAACGAAAAGGUUCGUUCGAAUCAAAACUUCAGGGAUCAUGGUGACACCAUGGAGAUUGAUGAUGAAGAGGUAGAAAAACCUUUCGGGAAAAGCCUCAAAAUGAAACAGCUGAACAUGGAAACCUUUGGGCAAAGAAACAAAAAUGUUAAAUCUCCACUGUGCAAUGAAGGAAUUGAUACUGAUUCUCCUCACAAAGGAUUUGUUACUGCUAGAGAUAAAUUGGAAAUGGAUGUGAGGCAAAGAAGAGGACUGAAUGGCCACCCUAGCGCCUCAGAGUCCCCACAAAGUGAUAGCACCAUGGCAAACAAAAGCUAUGGAGUCAAGCCUUAUGGGAAUCCUCGACGUGGUAUUCGUGGUAAUUUUGUCCCUCCAAUCAGAUGCAAUGGAAAUAAUGCGGGUGGUAGUGUUACUUCACGCAAUGCAGGGAAGGGAGAGGAUGCAUUAGAGGACUCAACGCGGAGAUGUCUGGAAAUGCUUUGUGGUCCAGAUGGCGAGCUUCCUGAGAAAUUGAGGAAUCUAGAGCCUCGUCUUAUUGAACAUGUCAGCAAUGAGAUUAUGGAGCGGGAUCCCAAUGUUAGGUGGAAUGAUAUUGCUGGGUUGGAGCAUGCUAAGAAAGUUGUGAAUGAGAUGGUUAUCUAUCCAUUGAUGCGUCCUGAUUUAUUUAGUGGCUGCCGUUCUCCAGGCCGUGGCCUUCUCCUGUUUGGUCCACCUGGAACUGGUAAAACAAUGAUAGGAAAGGCUAUUGCUGGAGAGGCUAAGGCAACAUUCUUUUACAUAUCUGCCAGUUCCUUGACAAGCAAAUGGAUAGGUGAAGGAGAAAAGUUAGUGAGGGCUUUAUUUGGAGUUGCCAGUUGUCGCAAGCCAGCUGUUAUAUUCGUAGAUGAAAUUGAUUCCUUGCUGUCACAGCGUAAAUCAGAAGGUGAACACGAAUCAAGUAGGCGGCUGAAGACACAGUUUCUUAUUGAGAUGGAGGGCUUUGACAGUGGAAGUGAUCAAAUUCUGCUCAUAGGUGCAACAAAUAGGCCCCAAGAGCUUGAUGAGGCUGCAAGGAGGAGACUUACUAAGAGACUCUAUAUUCCACUCCCUUCAUCAGAAGCCAGAUCAUGGAUUAUCCAAAACCUCUUGGAAAAGGAUGGGUUAUUUAGUCUCUCAAAAGAAGACAUUGACUCUGUCUGCAAAUUAACUGAAGGGUAUUCCGGAUCCGACAUGAAGAACUUAGUGAAGGAUGCUUCAAUGGGUCCACUUAGAGAGGUUCUUCAACGAGGUGUUGAAAUCACAAAGCUAAGAAAGGAGGACAUAAGGCCGGUGUCUCUCCAGGACUUCAAGAAUUCCCUACAAGAGGUCAGGCCUUCAGUAUCACUGAAUGAACUCGGCGUGUACGAGGUUUGGAAUAAACAGUUUGGGAGCUUAUCGCUUUAGGCUAGAAACACAAAUGUUUGAUUGCCAAUGAAACAUCAACUUUGUAGCAGAUAGGUUAUGUUGUGGUUUUGUUGCACUGUGUAAAAAAUGGUGUCAAUUGUA